AUGCGCCUCGUCGCCCGCGGGUGCGCGUCCGUCCGCGGAUGCGCCUCGUCGCCCGCGGGUGCGCGUCCGUCCGCGGAUGCGCCUCGUCGCCCGCGGGUGCGCGUCCGUCCGCGGAUGCGCCUCGUCGCCCGUGGGUGCGCGUCGGUCCGCGGAUGCGCCUCGUCGCCCGCGGGUGAGCGUCCGUCCGCGGAUGCGCCUCGUCGCCCGCGGGUGAGCGUCCGUCCGCGGAUGCGCCUCGUCGCCCGCGGGUGCGCGUCCGUCCGCGGAUGCGCCUCGUCGCCCGCGGGUGCGCGUCCGUCGGCGGAAGUCGCCGCGGUGGUCGCGUCCGCCUUCGGCGGCGGAAUCCGCCGCGGUGGUCGCGUCCGCCCUCGUCGGCGGAAUCCGCCGCGGUGGUCGCGUCCGCCCUCGUCGGCGGAAUCCGCCGCGGUGGUCGCGUCCGCACUCGUCGGCGGAAUCCGCCGCGGUGGUCGCGUCCGCCCUCGUCGGCGGAAUCCGCCGCGGUGGUCGCGUCCGCCCUCGUCGGCGGAAUCCGCCGCGGUGGUCACGUCCGCCCUCGUCGGCGGAAUCCGCCGCGGUGGUCGCGUCCGCCCUCGUCGGCGGAAUCCGCCGCGGUGGUCGCGUCCGCCCUCGUCGGCGGGAUGCGCCGCGGCGAUCGCGUCCGCCCUCGUUGGCGGGAUGCGCCGCGGUGAGGGAGGGGAGGGGAGGGGGGAAGGAAGCGGGCUGCCGGACGUAACUUGUGCGGGGGAGGCACGGGAGAGGAGGUGUGAUGGGGAGGCAGGGUGGUGUGACGAGAAGACAGGGAGGUGUGAUGGGGAGGCAGGGUGGUGUGACGAGAAGACAGGGAGGUGUGAUGGGGAGGCAGGGUGGUGUGACGUGAAGACAGGGAGGUGUGAUGGGGAGGCAGGGUGGUGUGACGAGAAGACAGGGAGGUGUGAUGGGGAGGCAGGGUGGUGUGACGAGAAGACAGGGAGGUGUGAUGGGGAGGCAGGCUGGUGUGACGAGAAGACAGGGAGGUGUGAUGGGGAGGCAGGGUGGUGUGACGAGAAGACAGGGAGGUGUGAUGGGGAGGCAGGGUGGUGUGACGAGAAGACAGGGAGGUGUGAUGGGGAGGCAGGGUGGUGUGACGAGAAGACAGGGAGGUGUGAUGGGGAGGCAGGGUGGUGUGACGUGAAGACAGGGAGGUGUGAUGGGGAGGCAGGGUGGUGUGACGAGAAGACAGGGAGGUGUGAUGGGGAGGCAGGGUGGUGUGACGAGAAGACAGGGAGGUGUGAUGGGGAGGCAGGGUGGUGUGACGAGAAGACAGGGAGGUGUGAUGGGGAGGCAGGGUGGUGUGACGUGAAGACAGGGAGGUGUGAUGGGGAGGCAGGGUGGUGUGACGAGAAGACAGGGAGGUGUGAUGGGGAGGCAGGGUGGUGUGACGAGAAGACAGGGAGGUGUGAUGGGGAGGCAGGGUGGUGUGACGAGAAGACAGGGAGGUGUGAUGGGGAGGCAGGGUGGUGUGACGAGAAGACAGGGAGGUGUGAUGGGGAGGCAGGGUGGUGUGACGAGAAGACAGGGAGGUGUGAUGGGGAGGCAGGGUGGUGUGACGAGAAGACAGGGAGGUGUGAUGGGGAGGCAGGGUGGUGUGACGUGAAGACAGGGAGGUGUGAUGGGGAGGCAGGGUGGUGUGACGAGAAGACAGGGAGGUGUGAUGGGGAGGCAGGGUGGUGUGACGAGAAGACAGGGAGGUGUGAUGGGGAGGCAGGGUGGUGUGACGAGAAGACAGGGAGGUGUGAUGGGGAGGCAGGGUGGUGUGACGAGAAGACAGGGAGGUGUGAUGGGGAGGAAGGGUGGUGUGACGAGAAGACAGGGAGGUGUGAUGGGGAGGCAGGGUGGUGUGACGAGAAGACAGGGAGGUGUGAUGGGGAGGCAGGGUGGUGUGACGAGAAGACAGGGAGGUGUGAUGGGGAGGCAGGGUGGUGUGACGAGAAGACAGGGAGGUGUGAUGGGGAGGCAGGGUGGUGUGACGAGAAGACAGGGAGGUGUGAUGGGGAGGCAGGGUGGUGUGACGAGAAGACAGGGAGGUGUGAUGGGGAGGCAGGGUGGUGUGACGUGAAGACAGGGAGGUGUGAUGGGGAGGCAGGGUGGUGUGACGAGAAGACAGGGAGGUGUGAUGGGGAGGCAGGGUGGUGUGACGAGAAGACAGGGAGGUGUGAUGGGGAGGCAGGGUGGUGUGACGAGAAGACAGGGAGGUGUGAUGGGGAGGAAGGGAGGUGUGACGAGAAGACAGGGAGGUGUGAUGGGGAGGCAGGGAGGUGUGACGAGAAGACAGGGAGGUGUGAUGGGGAGGCAGGGUGGUGUGACGAGAAGACAGGGAGGUGUGAUGGGGAGGCAGGGUGGUGUGACGAGAAGACAGGGAGGUGUGAUGGGGAGGCAGGGAGGUGUGACGAGAAGACAGGGAGGUGUGAUGGGGAGGCAGGGUGGUGUGACGAGAAGACAGGGAGGUGUGAUGGGGAGGCAGGGUGGUGUGACGAGAAGACAGGGAGGUGUGAUGGGGAGGCAGGGUGGUGUGACGAGAAGACAGGGAGGUGUGACGGGGAGGCAGGGUGGUGUGACGUGAAGACAGGGAGGUGUGAUGGGGAGGCAGGGUGGUGUGACGUGAAGACAGGGAGGUGUGAUGGGGAGGAAGGGUGGUGUGACGUGAGGACAGGCAGGUGUGAUGGGGAGGCAGGGAGGUGUGACGAGAAGACAGGGUGGUGUGACGAGAAGACAGGGAGGUGUGAUGGGGAGGCAGGGUGGUGUGACGUGAAGACAGGGAGGUGUGAUGGGGAGGCAGGGAGGUGUGACGAGAAGACAGGGAGGUGUGAUGGGGAGGCAGGGAGGUGUGACGAGAAGACAGGGAGGUGUGAUGGGGAGGCAGGGAGGUGUGACGAGAAGACAGGGAGGUGUGAUGGGGACGCAGGGUGGUGUGACGUGAAGACAGGGAGGUGUGAUGGGGAGGCAGGGUGGUGUGACGUGAAGACAGGGAGGUGUGAUGGGGAGGCAGGGUGGUGUGACGAGAAGACAGGGAGGUGUGAUGGGGAGGCAGGGUGGUGUGACGUGAAGACAGGGAGGUGUGAUGGGGAGGCAGGGUGGUGUGACGAGAAGACAGGGAGGUGUGAUGGGGAGGCAGGGUGGUGUGACGUGAAGACAGGGAGGUGUGAUGGGGAGGCAGGGUGGUGUGACGUGAAGACAGGGAGGUGUGAUGGGGAGGCAGGGUGGUGUGACGUGAAGACAGGGAGGUGUGAUGGGGAGGCAGGGUGGUGUGACGUGAAGACAGGGAGGUGUGAUGGGGAGGCAGGGAGGUGUGACGAGAAGACAGGGUGGUGUGACGAGAAGACAGGGAGGUGUGAUGGGGAGGCAGGGUGGUGUGACGUGAAGACAGGGAGGUGUGAUGGGGAGGCAGGGAGGUGUGACGAGAAAACAGGGAGGUGUGAUGGGGAGGCAGGGUGGUGUGACGUGAAGACAGGGAGGUGUGAUGGGGAGGCAGGGUGGUGUGACGAGAAGACAGGGAGGUGUGAUGGGGAAGCAGGGUGGUGUGACGUGAAGACAGGGAGGUGUGAUGGGGAGGCAGGGUGGUGUGACGUGAAGACAGGGAGGUGUGAUGGGGAGGCAGGGUUUUGUGACGUGAAGACAGGGAGGUGUGAUGGGGAGGCAGGGUGGUGUGACGUGAAGACAGGGAGGUGUGAUGGGGAGGCAGGGAGGUGUGACGAGAAGACAGGGUGGUGUGACGAGAAGACAGGGAGGUGUGAUGGGGAGGCAGGGUGGUGUGACGUGAAGACAGGGAGGUGUGAUGGGGAGGCAGGGAGGUGUGACGAGAAGACAGGGAGGUGUGAUGGGGAGGCAGGGAGGUGUGACGAGAAGACAGGGAGGUGUGAUGGGGAGGCAGGGAGGUGUGACGAGAAGACAGGGAGGUGUGAUGGGGAGGCAGGGAGGUGUGACGAGAAGACAGGGAGGUGUGAUGGGGAGGCAGGGAGGUGUGACGAGAAGACAGGGAGGUGUGAUGGGGAGGAAGGGUGGUGUGACGUGAAGACAGGGAGGUGUGAUGGGGAGGCAGGGUGGUGUGACGAGAAGACAGGGAGGUGUGAUGGGGAGGCAGGGUGGUGUGACGUGAAGACAGGGAGGUGUGAUGGGGAGGCAGGGUGGUGUGACGUGAAGACAGGGAGGUGUGAUGGGGAGGCAGGGUGGUGUGACGAGAAGACAGGGAGGUGUGAUAGGGAGGCAGGGAGGUGUGACGAGAAGACAGGGAGGUGUGAUGGGGAGGCAGGGAGGUGUGACGAGAAGACAGGGAGGUGUGAUGGGGAGGCAGGGAGGUGUGACGAGAAGACAGGGAGGUGUGAUGGGGAGGCAGGGAGGUGUGACGAGAAGACAGGGAGGUGUGAUGGGGAGGCAGGGUGGUGUGACGAGAAGACAGGGAGGUGUGAUGGGGAGGCAGGGUGGUGUGACGUGAAGACAGGGAGGUGUGAUGGGGAGGCAGGGUGGUGUGACGAGAAGACAGGGAGGUGUGAUGGGGAGGCAGGGUGGUGUGACGUGAAGACAGGAAGGUGUGAUGGGGAGGCAGGGUGGUGUGACGUGAAGACAGGGAGGUGUGAUGGGGAGGCAGGGUGGUGUGACGUGAAGACAGGGAGGUGUGAUGGGGAGGCAGGGAGGUGUGACGAGAAGACAGGGUGGUGUGACGAGAAGACAGGGAGGUGUGAUGGGGAGGCAGGGUGGUGUGACGUGAAGACAGGGAGGUGUGAUGGGGAGGCAGGGAGGUGUGACGAGAAGACAGGGAGGUGUGAUGGGGAGGCAGGGAGGUGUGACGAGAAGACAGGGAGGUGUGAUGGGGAGGCAGGGUGGUGUGACGAGAAGACAGGGAGGUGUGAUGGGGAGGCAGGGUGGUGUGACGUGAAGACAGGGAGGUGUGAUGGGGAGGUAGGGUGGUGUGACGAGAAGACAGGGAGGUGUGAUGGGGAGGCAGGGUGGUGUGACGAGAAGACAGGGAGGUGUGAUGGGGAGGCAGGGUGGUGUGACGAGAAGACAGGGAGGUGUGAUGGGGAGGCAGGGUGGUGUGACGAGAAGACAGGGAGGUGUGAUGGGGAGGCAGGGUGGUGUGACGAGAAGACAGGGAGGUGUGAUGGGGAGGAAGGGAGGUGUGACGAGAAGACAGGGAGGUGUGAUGGGGACGCAGGGUGGUGUGACGUGAAGACAGGGAGGUGUGAUGGGGAGGCAGGGUGGUGUGACGUGAAGACAGGGAGGUGUGAUGGGGAGGCAGGGUGGUGUGACGAGAAGACAGGGAGGUGUGAUGGGGAGGCAGGGUGGUGUGACGUGAAGACAGGGAGGUGUGAUGGGGAGGCAGGGUGGUGUGACGAGAAGACAGGGAGGUGUGAUGGGGAGGCAGGGUGGUGUGACGUGAAGACAGGGAGGUGUGAUGGGGAGGCAGGGUGGUGUGACGUGAAGACAGGGAGGUGUGAUGGGGAGGCAGGGUGGUGUGACGUGAAGACAGGGAGGUGUGAUGGGGAGGCAGGGUGGUGUGACGUGAAGACAGGGAGGUGUGAUGGGGAGGCAGGGAGGUGUGACGAGAAGACAGGGUGGUGUGACGAGAAGACAGGGAGGUGUGAUGGGGAGGCAGGGUGGUGUGACGAGAAGACAGGGAGGUGUGAUGGGGAGGCAGGGAGGUGUGACGAGAAGACAGGGAGGUGUGAUGGGGAGGCAGGGAGGUGUGACGAGAAGACAGGGAGGUGUGAUGGGGAGGAAGGGUGGUGUGACGUGAAGACAGGGAGGUGUGAUGGGGAGGCAGGGAGGUGUGACGAGAAGACAGGGUGGUGUGACGAGAAGACAGGGAGGUGUGAUGGGGAGGCAGGGUGGUGUGACGUGAAGACAGGGAGGUGUGAUGGGGAGGCAGGGAGGUGUGACGAGAAGACAGGGAGGUGUGAUGGGGAGGCAGGGAGGUGUGACGAGAAGACAGGGAGGUGUGAUGGGGAGGCAGGGUGGUGUGACGUGAAGACAGGGAGGUGUGAUGGGGAGGCAGGGUGGUGUGACGAGAAGACAGGGAGGUGUGAUGGGGAGGCAGGGAGGUGUGACGAGAAGACAGGGAGGUGUGAUGGGGAGGCAGGGUGGUGUGACGACAAGACAGGGAGGUGUGAUGGGGAGGCAGGGUGGUGUGACGAGAAGACAGGGAGGUGUGAUGGGGAGGCAGGGUGGUGUGACGAGAAGACAGGGAGGUGUGAUGGGGAGGCAGGGUGGUGUGACGAGAAGACAGGGAGGUGUGAUGGGGAGGCAGGGUGGUGUGACGAGAAGACAGGGAGGUGUGAUGGGGAGGCAGGGUGGUGUGACGUGAAGACAGGGAGGUGUGAUGGGGAGGUAGGGUGGUGUGACGAGAAGACAGGGAGGUGUGAUGGGGAGGCAGGGUGGUGUGACGAGAAGACAGGGAGGUGUGAUGGGGAGGCAGGGUGGUGUGACGAGAAGACAGGGAGGUGUGAUGGGGAGGCAGGGUGGUGUGACGUGAAGACAGGGAGGUGUGAUGGGGAGGCAGGGUGGUGUGACGAGAAGACAGGGAGGUGUGAUGGGGAGGCAGGGUGGUGUGACGUGAAGACAGGGAGGUGUGAUGGAAGAGGUGUGAUGGAAGAGGUGUGA